AUGGCGACGGACGCGCUUUUCGACCUGCUGCGGGGAUAUUCCGCACUACUGCCCGUAUCUAGGCUCAACUAUCCGAGGGAUCUGACCAUUGAGGAGGUGCAUGGCUUUGUGGUUGAGAAUAUCCUUCUGAACCCGCAUCUCGCGACGUACCCUCCAUCUGCCCCGUAUCAACAAACUUUCUUCAAGUGGAUCAUAGGCUACCUUGAAGAGCAUGUCGGAGAUGAAGAGGAUGCUGCUAUCGACGACCGUCUGUACGACAGACUGUUUGAUGCCAUGAGCGAGGCGCGCAGCGUACAAGGCGAUGCGUCAGCUUUAGUAUCUGCUCCACCGCCAUCCUAUGUGACGCACUACUGGGAACCUAGAUCAACUCGCCGUGAUCUACCGCCUGAGAAUACUAUCUGCGGACGCGUAUCUGUUACCCUCUUCGAGUCUAGAACGACAAUCGAGAGCGGUACCACCGGUCUAAGGACUUGGCGCGCCAGCUUUGUUCUCGCUCGAUAUCUUAUAGCGCAUCCUGAGGUAAUCAGUCACCACAACGUAUUGGAGCUCGGAUCCGGGACAGGCUUCUUGGGAAUUGUUGCGGGUAGCCUUCAGGUUCUAUGCCACGAAGAGCACAAUGACUUGCCGAAAGUGGUACUCUCGGACGUCAACGACGCGGUCCUCGAACGCUGUGCAGAUAAUGUUCGCCUAACCUGCAAUGUAUCCGCUAAACAUGUCCGUUUAUCUGUGCGACCGCUCGACUGGAUGGACGCGCUGGAUUCAACCCGUGCGCCUUCCCUGAAGACCUUCCUUGACGAAGCCGGCCCGGAUGUGAUACUGGGCGCAGACGUGCUCUAUCACCCGGACAUCGUGCCCGCACUUGUUGCCACGCUCAAGAUGGCGCUCGAACACAAGUCCACCAACACCGCGUACCUUGCCCUGACAGUCAGAAAUCCCGAUCUGCUGCAGAUGUUCCUGCGGACAGUGAGUGGGUCAAGACUGGCUCAUGAAGAGCUUCAGCCCGAGCCAGAGACGACGAACGAGUUCUUGGAGAUCUCGGAGGGUAUAGAUCAGAGGGUUAUAUUGCUCCGGAUCACCGCCAGGAAGUAA